UUGAUACGUUAAUGUUAAAAAAAGUUAAUGUUGAAUACGUUUAUGUUGAAUAAUUCGAUGUUAAUCUUCGUUCGUACUUUGACAUUGGUUCUAUGGUAUUGUAUAUAUACUUCGAUAAAACUGAGGCACGAUAAGAUUGCACGACUAGUCGGUAAUUCUGGCAGCCAUCAGUAAUCUUACAAUCCAACUACAAUUCCACUAUAAGUCAGCAAAAUUUUCAAGGAAAACUCAACUCUAAUCCAACUACAGCUUUUUCUUCAACCAUGACAGAACCAUCUAGUACUAAGGUUUCCAGGAGAAGCUCCGCGUUGAGUAAGCGGUCGCUAACUUUUAGGGAAACCAUGAAGGAUUUCCCGUACUGGCAGUUGUUUAUUGUAUCAUUAAUAAGAUUUAGCGAACCAAUUAGUUUCACUUCGUUAUUUCCAUACGUUUAUUAUAUGGUUAGAGACUUUAAGAUAGCUCCCACUGAACAAGAUAUUCCAAAAUACACCGCGUAUUUAGCUUCAUCUUUUUCCCUUUCCCAAUUCUUAUUUGCAGUCAGAUGGGGGAAAUUAAGUGAUAAAAUUGGUAGAAAGAAAGUUUUGUUAUGUGGAUUAAUUGGAACCUCAAUAAGUUUAAUCUCUUUUGGAUUUAGUACUAAUUUUUAUAUGGCUCUUGCUGCAAGAAGCUUGGCUGGUUGUUUAAAUGGUAAUAUAUCAGUUUUGAGAACGGUCAUUGGAGAAAUUGCCGUUGAAAGAAAACAUCAAGCAACCGCUUUUAGUUUAUUACCUCUUUUAUUCAAUCUAGGCUCAACCAUUGGUCCCGCCAUUGGUGGUUCUUCUUUGUUAACCAGACCAAAUCCCAAGAGUCCUUAUGAAUCUGAAAUUGUUAGUUCUACAUCUUCUUCUUCGAUUUAUGAGAAUUUCAUAACUAAACAUCCUUAUGCAUUAUCGAAUAUAGUAGUUUCACUAUUUCUUUGGUUUAGUUGUAUUUGUGGGUUUUUUUUCUUAGAAGAAACCCAUGAUCAUUUACGUCUGAAUAAAGAUUAUGGUCUUGAAUUGGGUGAUUGGUUUUUAUAUAAACUUUUCGGUAUAAUACCUCCUUUGAGACCUUGGCAAUCCCACUUCCCAUCCUAUGUAAAAUUGCAAAAUGAUGAAUCUACUCCUUUAAUUGAAUCCUCUUCGGUUCAUAGUCAACCACUUAGUGAUGGAGAUGAUUCCUUGAACUCCAACGUUUUAGAUGAUGACGAAGAAGAUGUUGCUAGCUUCCAUCCUUUUAUGUCAAGAUCAAUGUCAAGGGCCAUUGUGAGAACUUAUUCUCAAUCAAAUGACGAUGAAGAUUUCAAUGAUGAAGACUUGUAUAAAGGUGCUUUUACGGUUGCAGUAGUUCAAGCUAUCGUAGCUAAUUUUUUACUUUCAUUACAUUCAAAUAUUUAUUCGGAAUUCUUACCUGUUUUUCUUGCUUCAAGGUUCAAACCAUCCCAUCUAAAGUUCCCCUUUAAAAUAGGAGGUGGGUUUGGGAUGGACACAAGCUCAAUUGGGGUUUUAUUUUCCUCGACCGGUAUAAUGGGGAUGAUUAUCGUACUCUUAGUUUUCCCUUAUAUUGAUCGCAAAUUGGGGACUCUUGGAGGUUUCAGGUUUUCAGCUGCAAUCCUCCCAUUGGUUUACUUCUUAGUCCCUUGGACAAUUUUCACCAUUCAUGAUUUUAAUCCAAUUUUUAAGCCUUGGUUAACUCCAGUCUUAUUAUAUAUUAUUACUUCCAUUAGAACUUUGGCAACUGCUACAGGUAUGCCCCAAAUAAUGAUCUUGAAUCACCGUUCGGCUAAAAAACAUCAUAGAGCUUAUGUAAAUAGUACUACAAUAAGUAUAACUGCCUUAGCUAGAUUUGUUGGUCCUUUAGUCUUUGGUUGGCUAAUGAGUUUAGGUGAUUCUUACGAUGAAUCUUGGUUAAUGUGGUGGAUACUAUCUCUUAUUGCUUUAAUGGGCUUCUUCCAAUCACUUUCGAUGAAGGAUUAUGAUGAAGACGCUCAUUAGUGUCAUUAGAAACUGUGGAUAUUUUGCACCCUGUUUCGCAAUUCUCAUCAAUAAAGUAAAAUUAAAAAAGUAAUGUUAGUAAGUUUAGUUUGUUCCUUUACCGCAAUUUUUCGCCUUUUCAGGCUACCGAA